AUGAGCCCUUAAUAAAGUCAAAAAAUAAUAUCAGAUUAAUGGAGGAAGUGGCAAAAGAAAUGGAGAAAGUAGGAUUAGUGAAUGAUAAUCAUGAUUAUGUAAGAGAAGAUCAUGAAGCAGAAGGAGAUAAUCAAGGGAAGAUGAAUGGUGGAAAGAAGAAUGAUCAACAGAAGACAACAUUGAGAACACCAGCUGAUAUUUAUGAACACCCUUCUUUUUACUCCUUUAUUCUUGAUAUGCCUGGUCUUGAUGCUCACAACAUUAAGGUGAAGGUAGAAAAAGGGAUACUUCAUGUAUCAGGAAAGAAGAAAAAGAAGCAGAUCAUCGGCGAACCGACGACAACCGGGAACGAGGGGGUGAAGGUGAUAAGGAUAGAAAGGAGGAGAGCAAGGUACAUGAGGAAGUUUACAUUGUCAGCAGAUGCUAACCAUGAAGAUAUCAAGGCAGCUUACAAAGAUGGAGUGCUUUCCAUUAUUGUUGCCAAGAAGACUAACAAGCAGCUGUCUUUUGCUGAUGUUGAACAGUCCAAUCCCAACUCUCUUACAAAUAUUACCAUUACUUGAUAAAUUGACAUAACAUUCUUUGUUUAUGUAUACAACAAUAUUCUUGAAAUCAUUCAUUUAUUGGUUUUGUAAUUUAUGUAUUGUGUUUUACAUGGAUGUAUUGUGUAAUUAUUGAUGUAACAUAUUGUGGAUUGAUAAUAGACACGACAGAGUACAUCUUAUUACAAUAGCGCAUUCUUUAGGGGCGAAUUCCAUGCUUUUUAUUUGGACUUAUUAUUAUGGACUGCAUUCCAACGGGUUAAUUUCUUCCUUUUAUGACAUAAAAACUCUAGUAAAAAAGAAAAAAAAAUUUCAAAGUUUAUCUUUUGAAUAAUUAUAGGAAAUAAAAUCUAAUGUAUGGUUUUAAGGAAAUUAUUAAUAUUUCCUUUUUUAAGUGAAGGGUUUAGGGUAAAAGUCUUAUACUUCCUCCGUUCUUUU